AUGUCCUCUGUUGCAAGGGCUUUGGCCAGCCUGGCGUGGGUCGGCUGUGCAGCCUCGCUCCAUAGCAGUGAUCCCAUCGAGGUUCCGUCCAACAUACACAAUGCAAAUCACAUAUUCAACACCAUUCACUCGUCCAUGAGACAAUGGGGCUCGUCCUGGAAUCAUAACGGCAUGUCCUUUUUUCUCGCAAGCGUACCAGCCGGCACUCAAUUCUACCAUGGCACCACCGACAGCACCCAAGUCAACGGUACAGAAUGGCUGGCUUUUGAGCCCCAGCAUGCCUUGUUCUUUGCUCAUCCUCGUGGCCAGCGGCCAGGACGCCCUCCCCAUAAUGAGCAUCCCUUCGGUAGCCCGGAACAAGAUGUCCUAGAAGAGUCAGCGGACGAUGGAGACGAGCGUUACGGAUAUCUACACACCUACUCGGCAGCCAAGGAUCUUCGCCUCUUGUAUAUCGAUGGUCUGUCUGCUGCAAAGACCGACAUGGGUACACUAGAUUCUCAGGAUAGGAUUCUCUUCGGUGACAAAAUAGCCACACUACUAGAAAACACACCCCAAUCCCCCGAUGGACAUGGCCCCAACGGCCCUCCUGGCGAGGCCGAACGAGCACAGCUUGCAUGCGAGAUGGCCAAAAACGAAUGGAGCGGCCGUAUCGAUGGUUUCCUGCGAGCCGAAGCUGGCUUUGAGAUCAUUCUGUGCGACUUUUCUCGCGACGUGCAUCUGGUGCGCAUGGCUGCGCUGUUGCCUCGCACCUUUGACGAUGGCAAGGAUAUCUUCCAAUACAAAUCAAUCGCGGCACGUUUUGAUGGGAUUGGUGGUGGGCGUGUGCGAGUGAACUAUGAUAACUUUGUGACUGCAUAUGCAUAUGAUAAUCUAAACGUAUUUGACGACGACCAAUCCGCACACCCAAGACUCGCCAAUAUAUCGUCUGAGCAACUUGCGGGCAUCCGAAAUGAUCUCGCGAAGCUGGUUCUCGAUCACGAGGCAAAUGACUCAUCCUUCAACUGGCAAUCCAUCGCCGACAUGAUCGUGACGCGAUACUCGGAUUUGUUGCAAUAUCUUGCCUCUGGCGAACUCGACUCGUUGGAAGCCCUCCAAACGUACGCCGUGAAACCAUAUAUCCCGUUCAUUGACGUGCGGCACCGCAACGCCACACUCGAAGCUGAACGGUGCGCCACGCAGUUCAUCCCUCAGGGAGAAUGCUCAUCCACCGGGGAAAACCUCGCUGCAAAGGCUAUAUACGACGUUUCGUUCAGCAUUUGCUCCACAGUACACUCUAUCCUAGACGACACUGAUCUCGACACCGCCGUGUCCCGACUCCGGAAAUUGAUUGACUAUCUUUCAUGGACAACCUGGAAGGGGUGCUCGCGGAAAUGCGGCUUCAAUGAAGAAUGCUAUAUCCCCAUUUGGCCCUUCGGUACUGUGCAAGACCGGUUGAGUCCGCAGUGCAGAGAUACGCAGAAUAAUGAUGGUGAGAAGUACUGGGGUGGAUUUGGUCGACCUCCUCCGGGUAGAUCUCCAGGUGGGCCUACGACUUCGGAAUUGAGGUGA